CGGUUUCCCUUCCGUUAAAACCCUAAACCCUGUGAUUCUCUGUGCUCUCUCUCUCUCUGUCUUCAAUGGUUAAGCUUUCGAACACCACAGCUACCAUGGACAACCAGAAGAACAAGAAUAAGAAGAAGACGAAGUCUUCAGGACCAAAGGCCAAAUCCAUGAAAGUUUCGGAGCCUCCAAAACCGAACCCGUUCGAGAACAUUUGGUCUCGAAGGAAAUUCGAUAUCCUCGGAAAGAAGCGAAAAGGCGAAGAGCGCCGCAUUGGUCUCGCUCGCUCUCUCGGCAUCCAGAAGAGGAAGCAGACUCUGCUCAAAGAGUACGAGCAAAGCACGAAGUCUUCGGUUUUCUUGGAUAACCGAAUCGGCGAACAAGGCGAAGCGCUUCCCGAAUUCGAUAAAGCCCUUCUCCGCUCUCAGCGCCACCGCCAGUUGAAAUUGGGGAAAAAGAGCAAGUUUAAUUUAGAGGAAGAAGAAGACGAAGGAGAAGAUGGUUUUGGAUUUGGAGGUCUUGGUGGUGAAAGGGAUGAUUUUGAGGAUGAGAUGCUGCCUUUUGAUGAAGAUUAUGAUGGUCAAGCUACUGAGGAAGAGUCAGCCAUUUUAAAGCAACUUCAUGGUCCUAAGACACAGGAUCCAAUGGAUAGUGGUCUGAUUGAAGGAGAAGAAAAUAGACAUAAAACCAAGAAAGAAGUGAUGGAGGAAAUUAUCUCAAAGAGCAAAUUUUUUAAGGCACAAAAAGCAAAAGAGAAGGAAGAAAAUGAACGUUUGAUGGAAGACUUGGACAAAAACUUCACAUCCUUGGUGCAGUCUGAGGCCUUAUUAUCUUUAACUGAACCAGGCAAGAUGAAUGCUUUGAAGGCUCUUGUGAACAAGAGCAUUCCAAAUGAAAGGAAGAAAGAUAACUCAUCUACAACUCAAAAAAUAGAAAAUUUUAAUCAGGAUCAACCUGAUUCUUAUGAUAAACUUGUGAAAGAGAUGGCACUGGAGAUGCGAGCUCGCCCCUCAGAUAGGACUAAGACUCCUGAGGAGAUUGCCCAGGAGGAGAGAGAACGACUAGAGCAUUUGGAGGAAGAGCGACAAAAGAGAAUGCUUGCUCCUGAAGAUGCCAGUGAUGAAGAUGAUGAUGAUUCUGACAAACCAUCUACCAAGGGGUUGAGAUCCAUAUCGGGGGAUGCUCUUGUUGAUUCCUUCUCACUUGAAGAAGAGCCUAGGACUAAAAAGGGUUGGGUGGAUGAGAUUCUUGAAAGAAGGAAUGAGAAUAAUUCUGAUAGUGAAGCUGGUGAUUCUUCUGGUGACUCAGAGACUGCUGAAGAUGAUAGUGAUGAAGGAUCCGAUGAAGAUGAUGAUGAAGGUGAAAAUAAACUUUCAUUGAAGGACUGGGAACAAAGUGAUGAUGAUCAUAUUGGCACAGAUCUGGAAGAUGAUGAAGAAGAGGGUGAAGAAGAAGAAGAAGAUGCUAAUGAGAAAGAAAUGGGAUCAAGAGACCAGAAAAAGGCAAAGAAAAGUGAUUCUGUUGAAACUACUAACAAAGAUGGAGAUUCUUUACAUGCCAAAAAAACGAAAGCGGAUGGUAAAACUGUUUCUACUCGACCGGACCUUCCCUACUUAAUUGAAGCUCCAAAGAGUUUGGAGGAGUUAUGUGCAUUGUUGGACAAUCGAUCUAAUGCUGAGGUUAUUUUGAUAAUCAGUCGAAUUCGGGCAAGCAAUGCAAUCAAGCUUGCGGUGGAAAAUAGAAAGAAAAUGCAAGUAUUUUAUGGUGUAUUGCUUCAGUAUUUUGCGAUCUUAGCAAAUAAAAAUCCUUUGAAUUUCGAGCUACUUAAUUUACUAGUGAAGCCAUUGAUGGAGAUGAGUGUGGAGAUUCCAUACUUUGCUGCGAUAUGUGCUCGUCAGAGGAUAUUACGGACUCGAACACAACUUUGUGAGAUCAUCAAAGACCCAGAAAUUAGCAGUUGGCCUUCUUCAAAAAUGUUGUUUCUCUUGAGGCUCUGGUCCAUGAUAUUCCCAUGCUCUGACUUCCGUCAUGUGGUCAUGACUCCAGCAAUAUUGCUCAUGUGUGAAUAUCUGAUGCGCUGUCCCAUUGUGUCGGGUCGGGAUAGUGCUAUUGGAUCUUUCUUAUGCUCAAUGCUUCUCUCUGUCACUAGACAAUCUCAGAAGUUCUGUCCUGAAGCAAUAAUGUUUCUCCAGACUUUGCUGAUGGCAGCUACAGACAAGAAGCCAGUUUCAUGUCAGGAUUCUCAGUUUAAUCAUCUUACUGAAUUAAAAGCACUCAGGCCCUUGCUUUGUAUACGUAAUUGUGUAGAUGAGAUUAGUCCUCUGAAUUUCAUCAUGAUAAUGGACAUGCCUGAGGACUCUCCUUUUUUCAGCUCUGAUAAUUUCAGGGCCAGUGUGUUGUUAACUAUGAUUGAAACCCUACAAGGAUAUGUUAAUAUUUAUGGGGGAUUUUCUUCCUUUCCUGAAAUGUUCUUGCCAAUUUCAAUGUUGUUACUUGAAGUGGCACAACAGGAAAAUUUACCACAUGUGUUGCAAGAUAAAUUUAAAAAUGUUGCUCAACUCAUUAAGACAAAAGUAGAUGAACAUCACAAGCUGCGGCGACCACUUCAAAUGCGGAAGCAAAAGCCAGUGCCUAUCAAAAUGCUGAAUCCGAAAUUUGAGGAGAACUUUGUUAAGGGUAGAGAUUAUGACCCAGAUCGUGAACGGGCUGAGAAGAGAAAGUUGCAGAAACAAGUAAAACGUGAAGCUAAGGGGGCAGCUCGUGAAUUGCGGAAAGACACAUUUUUCUUACUUGAGGUUAAGGAAAAAGAAAGAACAUUACGGGAAAAAGAAAGGGCAGAGAAGUAUGGGAAGGCAUUAGCUUUCCUUCAAGAACAAGAACAUGGAAUAAAAUCUGGACAAUUAGGAAAAGGCAGGAAGAGGGGAAGAUGAAGCUGACUUUAGAUUCUUGUAUUACAUGCUAUCAUUAUUUAGGCGGUGUUCGGGUAUACAUAAUAUUCUUGGAAUUGAAGUGAAUUGAAGCCUUGGAAUUGGAAUCAAAGGCACAAUUUUGAUUUCGUUGUAUUAUUAUUGUUAACUUAAGAAAUUAUAAGCAAGUUUUUCCUUUCU